AUGGGCUGUGAGGACCUGGAGUUUGGAUGCGCCGAAACACCAGACCUGAGAACCACCAGGCCGGAAGCUGUCGGAUGGGACCACCGAGCGACCCGGGAGCCGUCGUCGACGCGGAACUCCGCGUGCACGGCGUCAACAGGCUGUUACUUCCGGAAAUACCAACGCUCCGGUGGUGAUGAUCGCCGUCAUUAUCAAGGCCCGGUGGGUUGGCCGGAAGCCGUGGAGCAAGUGAACGCAGUCCCACUGUACGUCCACGUCCCGCGACCGGCAUUCAAGUCGUCGCCUCCAUCUAUUUAG